AAUCCCACUCCGCGCUUCCCCGCGCGCCCCUCGGCCCCUCCGCCGCCGCCGCCCUGGUCCUUUCCGGCCAUUACACCAUCCGCCUUGGCAGUGACCAGCGACAUCCUUUGCGGGCAGCCGCCACCGUCGCCAGUGGCGGGCGGCAUCACAGUGACAGACGACUGGGCGGCACUGGCGGUGCCGCAUCUGAAGGCAGGGCGCGGCGCGCUGCUGCUGCAGCGGCUGGCGGUGUGGGCCUCGCCUGCUGCAGCCGCUGCGUGCGGCAGUUGCCGGUGCUGAAACUGGUGCUGGUGCACCGCCAGUGCUGGUCAACCGCUUGCAGGCCAGGUACGGACCGCCCUGUCAGGUCGCUGCUACAGCCGCGUCAGUGCACGGCGCUGCUACAGCCCCAGCCUCCGCAACGCCAUCCGCCAGGACGCUGCCGCUGGAUGACGGCGGCGUGGACGCGGUGGGCGUCUGUUGCACGCGGCUGCUACUGCCGACAGAAUCUGCAGACGGCAGUAGCAGCAGCGGCAGCAGUGGCAGCGGCAGUAGCAGCGUCUCGGCUGUGUCUCAAAUCAUGCUACAUGACGUUGGCGCGCCGGCAGACGAGUUUGUUACGCUUGAUGCGCCGAGCUGCGUCGGCAGCGGCGGCGGUGGCGGCGGCAGUAGCAGCUGGCGUGUGUGGAGCAACAGCACCGCAGCGGACGGUGGUGUGCCCGCGGGAUCCCAGCUGGCGGCGCUGCGGACUGCCAGUGGGCCCAUCGCGCCUGGUGGCAGUGACAUCGCGCUCUUCUCCCUGCAGCUCCUGUGGAUGUCACCCGACGUUCCCUCGCCGCCACCAGCCAUCCCCGCGGCGCCACUGCCGCCCAGUCCGCGCCCGCCCGACCCGCCGCCGCCGCCGCCACGCCCGCUGCCACCCACGGGCCUCCAGUUUCCUUACAUCCGCAGCUGCGAGCGCCAGCUGGAGCGAAGCAUCUUUUCCGUGGACGCCGAAUCGGUGCGUCGGCCGACACCCGGCAGCAACACCAUGUGCUGGACGCUGCGUGUCAACUUCACCCGGUUCGACGGGGAGGGCAGCUGCAACAGAACCGAGAUCCACUCGUUCCAGAUUGCCGUACACCCAGACUGCGCCUCUGCAGCGGGCAACGAGCCGGUCUUUGCAGCCAGCGCCACGGAACGCGGGACCCCCCCUGGACCUUGUCACUCUGGAUCCAGCCCCUCAGGUGUCGUUUGCUCCUGCACUGGGUGCUGGCGGCGAAGGCAACGUGAACGGCUCUACUCACGGCAUCAGUACCGAGGGCGGCAGUAGCAGCAGUAGCGGUGCCGGCAGUGGUGGCGGCUUGUUUGCGGUGCUGCGGGCGCAGCCGGUAUGGCUGAACCAGUGGACGGCGCAGGGGGCCGAGGUGUGUGUGGCGCUGCUGUCGGGCCGGUGUAGCACCUGGGAGCAGCUGUGAGAGAUGGCCCCCCAACGGGGGCCGCCGAGGGCACAGGCACAGGCAUAGGCACGCCACCCGGGCCACCGCAGCUGCAAGGGGGCGGGGCAGGUGCAGCUUCCGAGCAAGAGGGCAACCACCUGAACAACACAAGCUUGGGCUGGACGAUUGCGUUGGUGGACUUUGCAAGGGGCUGCUGCCCGGUUUCGACCUCUCCACCCUGAUUCAGGUUGCGCAAAUGUGUGGAUGACAGUCCUUCAUGUAAAGCAUGAGGCACGCGUCGGGUCAUACCGGUAAUCUGGGAGCUGGAGUCAGUGGAUGUAGGUGGAAGCAGGCACCGCAGAAGUGCAGCG